GGAAGCUAAGGCCUUUAAAGAUUUGGAAUCCGCUGGUUUCGGGAGAGGGUGAGGGGUAUAUGGUGUUGAGGUGCGAAAAGAGGGAAGGAUAAUAAAGAGCCUUUGGGCAAGAGGUUCUCCGGGUCCAGACCCCAGAGCUCUCGAGGCGCCGAGUAGGGAGCGCGGCCGAACCCGUCCGGCAACUUCGGGGGGCGACCGAGGGUUUUCCUGCCACAGGAAGUUGGGCCCCGGCGCUGGGAAAUAGAAGGGAAGGAGGAAUGAGAAAGCCGUGACGGUUCCCCGCCCCCAGGUGACCGUCCCAUCCAGUGGAUUGAAUGUAGCGGCCUGGGAAGUGCUCGGCCGCCCGCACGGGUGAGACCAGGGACCAGGAGCUGCAAGAUCCAGACUCCAGCGAGAAAACAGCAAUGGGAAAUCCAGAAAACAUAGAAGAUGCAUAUGUUGCUGUUAUUCGUCCAAAGAAUAUUGCCAGUCUAAAUUCCCGGGAAUACAAAGCUAAGUCAUAUGAAAUUUUAUUGCAUGAAGUUCCCAUUGAAGGACAGAAAAAAAAGAGAAAGAAAGUUUUGUUGGAAACUAAACUUCAAGGCAACAGUGAAAUAACACAAGACAUACUGGAUUAUGUAGUAGAAACCACCAAACCAAUUUCUCCUGCAAACCAGGGUAUCAGAGGAAAACGAGUGGUAUUACUGAAGAAAUUUCCUCUGGAUGGGGAGAAGAUGGGCAGAGAAGCAGCAUUAUUUAUUGUUCCAUCGGUUGUCAAAGAUAAUACUAAAUAUACAUAUACUCCAGGAUGCCCAAUUUUUUACUGCUUACAAGAUAUUAUGCGAGUCUGUAGUGAAUCCAGCACUCACUUUGCUACUCUUACAGCAAGGAUGUUAAUAGCCUUGGAUAAGUGGUUAGAUGAACGUCAUGCACAAUCUCACUUUAUUCCAGCCUUAUUUCGACCAUCUCCUCUUGAGCGGAUAAAAGCUAAUAUCAUAAAUCCUGCAUAUGCUACUGAAUCAGGUCAGACAGAAAACUCACUACAUAUGGGCUAUAGUGCACUAGAAAUAAAGAGCAAAAUGUUAGCCCUAGAGAAAGCAGAUACCUGUAUUUACAACCCUUUGUUUGGAUCAGAUCUUCAAUAUACAAACCGGGUUGAUAAAGUGGUAAUAAAUCCAUACUUUGGUCUAGGAGCUCCAGACUACUCAAAAAUCCAAAUUCCCAAACAGGAAAAAUGGCAGAGAAGCAUGAGCAGUGUCACAGAAGACAAGGAACGACCGUGGGUAGAUGAUUUUCCUCUUCAUCGAAGUGCCUGUGAAGGAGAUUCAGAAUUAUUAACUCGUCUUCUCAAUGAAAGAUUUUCAGUCAACCAGUUAGAUAAUGACCACUGGGCACCCAUUCAUUAUGCAUGCUGGCUUGGAAAAGUUGAAGCCACUCGCAUAUUGUUAGAGAAAGGAAAGUGCAAUCCAAACCUUUUAAAUGGACAUCUUAGUUCUCCUCUUCAUUUUGCUGCUGGAGGAGGACAUGCUGAAAUAGUACAGAUUCUCUUAAACCAUCCAGAAGUUGACAGACACAUAACAGACCAACAAGGAAAAUCCCCCUUAAAUAUUUGUGAAGAAAACAAACAAAAUAAUUGGGAAGAAACUGCAAAAUUGUUGAAGGAAGCCAUUAACAAACCAUAUGAAAAAGUUCGAAUAUACAGAAUGGAUGGAUCAUACCGUUCUGUUGAACUGAAGCAUGGAAAUAAUACCACAGUGCAACAAAUAAUGGAAGGAAUGCGUCUCUCUCAAGAAACACAGCAAUAUUUUACUAUUUGGAUCUGUUCAGAAAACCUCAGCCUUCAGCUCAAACCUUAUCAUAAACCCUUGCAACAUGUUCGGGACUGGCCAGAAAUACUUGCUGAAUUGACUAAUUUGGAUCCUCAAAGGGAAACACCACAGCUUUUCCUAAGAAGGGACGUGAGACUUCCUUUGGAAGUUGAAAAAAAGAUUGAAGACCCACUAGCUAUUCUUAUUCUCUUUGAUGAAGCCAGAUAUAAUCUACUGAAGGGCUUUUAUACAGCUCCUGAUGCCAAACUGAUAACAUUGGCAAGUCUGUUGUUGCAAAUAGUUUAUGGAAAUUAUGAGAGUAAGAAACACAAGCAAGGUUUCCUAAACGAAGAAAAUCUAAAAUCCAUUGUACCUAUUACCAAAUUGAAAAGUAAGGCACCUCACUGGACAAACCGAAUACUUCAUGAAUAUAAGAAUCUUAGUACAAGUGAGGGUGUCAGUAAAGAAAUGCAUCACCUUCAGCGCAUGUUCUUACAGAAUUGUUGGGAAAUUCCUACCUAUGGAGCAGCUUUUUUCUCAGGACAGAUAUUUACGAAGGCAAGCCCCAGCAACCAUAAAGUCAUCCCUGUGUAUGUAGGAGUGAAUGUAAAAGGACUCCAUCUCCUCAACAUGGAAACUAAGGCUUUACUCAUUAGUCUUAAGUAUGGCUGUUUUAUGUGGCAGUUGGGAGAUGCUGAUACAUGUUUUCAGAUCCAUAGUAUGGAAAAUAAAAUGAGCUUUAUAGUACACACAAAACAGGCUGGCCUUGUGGUAAAACUGUUAAUGAAGCUAAAUGGACAGUUAAUGCCUACCGAGAGAAAUUCCUGAGAGGAAGCAACUGAUACUUAAGCCACCACAUUCUGUGAUACAGACUUUUUCCAUGAAAGAUUUCUUAAACUAUUACUUUUAACAAGGCACUCAGUCUCUUGUAAUGUAUAU